CGCUCGCGGCACAUCGCUCGGGCCGCGGCGCCGAUGGGACGGUGCGUACUGUCCAUGGAAGUAGGGGGCCUCCCGCACGGCUCGACCGCCCUCGGGCAGCGCGCCCCUGCGGAGGACGUGGUCUUCUGGAGGCCCUUCGCGCCAGCCGCCGGCCUGCACGGCGGCGCGGAUUCGUGCCUCGACGGAAGCGCCGCCGACGAGGCGCCGCGGCCACCUGACGCUUGCCGCCGCCGCCCGCCCGUGGGCCUGGCUCCGUCGCCCAAUUCGGCGUUCCGUCCCGUCAGGGUCAAGCGCCUCCAGUGUUCCUACUGUGGCGUCUCCUUCCUCAACAACGGGGAGCUCGUGGGCCACCUCCGGGUGCACACAGGCGACCGGCCGUACAAGUGCGAGGCGUGCGAGCGGGCGUUUGCGCGCAACGAGGAGCUGACCCGUCACCGACGCAUCCACAGCGGCGACAAGCCGCACGCGUGCGACGUGUGCGCCAAACGGUUUGCCCGCAAGGACCACCUCAGCAAGCACCGCAAGACGCACCUGGACGAAGCACACAAGCGUGUGCACGUGUGCAGCCAGCCAGGCUGCGGGCACCGCUACACGCGCACCGACGCGCUCACCCGGCAUCAGUGGACCGCGCACGCCAUUCGCCGUUGCAACCGCUGGCCACCAGACGCCCCGGGACAACACGUGAUCUGAAUGCACUCUCUGUGACCUUUGGUACCCAAAUGCAAGGGACGAAGAUGCUCAAGCUUUUUUUUUUUUUUUUUCAUCUUCCGUUGUGAUAUAUACCCAUCAGUUAACCGACCAUGUCUGUCCCUUCAGGCACUGUUUGUCUUUUAUUUUAUUUUUUCCUGAUGAAAGAGAAUGUGUGAUUUACGGUCAGAAGGCGAUAGGUUUUCCAGGUAUGUUGCGCAGGCAGUAGUCCUUUGUGCAUUUCGUCUGUGUUCUCGCUGGUUUUGGUCAGCAUCCUCCUUGCAGCAAAUAAUGGCACUUACCUCCGGGUGUAGAAGCAGAUGAAACACGCUAUGGUUGACGUAAGCCCCAGUUUGCACCGGUGACCUUAGAAAAAUGAACUGUUGGGCGAGUUAAUGCAUUACAAAUUUUUGAUUUUUUCUGGAACGGAUUUACCGGCUCUACGGUACUCCCCAAUGGAGAUUCAUCCAAGAGGUCUUACACUUUCUUCGCGUCGUGUUUACGUGCAGUCCCAGUGGAAAAAGAUUAGCACAAGUCACUUGUGGCCGGAGUGGCACAUUCCAUUUUUCAAAGCACGGGUGACCGUACGUCAGAAAGCGUGUCGCGGUUUUGCCGCUCCGGUUGUCAGUCACUUGUGCUAAUCUUUUUCCGCUAGGGCUGUAGGACGUCAAGUGGAAAGACCGUUAUGUGCAACAAGUGAAGCACUCGUUGGACUGUAUCCCGGAUAUGAAUGCUGAACCAAAUAGAAAAUUUCUCCCAGAUGAGAUUCGUACGUGUGUGUUUGUGUGGGCAUGUGUGUGCGUGCGUGCAUGCACCCUCGGGCAGGGCCCGGGAGGGGGGGGGGGGGGGUGGAUCGGGUUGGUACGCCAUAGGAUAUGCGAUUUUGUUGUUAUUCCGUGUUACGGUAUAUCUAUGGCUAAUCGAAUUCUAUCUUGUGGCUUUUUACCUUUUACCUUUCGGACCUUUCUUUGUUUGUUCUUUGUUUUUUUUUUUUUUUUUUUUGCGUGUUGGUACGCUUCGUAAUGUAGUACUAACACUGUCUAAUAAUUACGGUCCCUGUUCGUCCUUGCGUGAGCAUACCUCUGGUUUUACGAGAGGACAUUAUCGAAAUCUCGACGGCCUGUGGCCGAGCAUGUAUCACCUUGUUGCUUACUCUGGGAUCAUCAUGCAUACGACAAAGAGGAAGACUGUUAUCGCAUAGCCCGUCGUUUCAAACCUGCACGGAAAGGUUUUGUACAACCAUCUGUUGUCUGUUCGCAAAAUAUGUCUUAAUAUUUUUAUGUUAGUUACUUGAUGUUAGUUACAUUGUCAUGGCAUGUUUGCUUAGCGAUGCAGAAAGAUUUAUCCGUGGUAAUUCAAGACAGUUCCGCGAGUUCUGUGAGAGACAGGCAGGCAGGUUCUGUACAGAUUGUUCGCAGGAACUGUGAAUCAUUGUUUUUAAACAAAGUUGUUAUUCACUAAUGUGGGCAUUUCCGUUACACGAUACUUUCUUGAAAAGGUAAGCUAGGUUUGGUGCAUUUUAAUUCAGUUCGUUUAAACCUCACGCCCGAUUACUACUAAUCGCCUCAGGCCACUUGUUAAUUGAUGACAGAGACUGUACAUUCGGUAUCCAAUGUAAUUAUAGUUAAUCACGGAAUAAGGUCAAAUACAGCCUAAAUACAUUACAGAAGAGUUUUUAAAAAAGAAAGUCCCAUUAAACGGCUUUAAAGUGUGCGUCAAGCUGGAGACGUUGCAUUACGUGCUUAAUUGUAACCCGUGUACAGCGAGAUCAAAGAGGCACGAACUUGGCCUAGUGCUUCGCCCUGCUGUGGUCUGAGUCUACAUGGGUCUGAUUUUUUUUUUCAAGUUUUUCCAGUACUUAUUCGAAUUAUACCACCGCCCCGGAACGUCUUAAACCAAUUUUGGUGGAGUCGUGACUGCGAUCUGUAGAUCCAAAGUGAAGAGGGGGGCCAACAGAUGGAAACACACUGUGGGAUAAAAGUUGGAUAAAGAGGGGCAAAGUGCCUCAGACAGGCUGGACGAUGUUCCGAUAGGUGAACCUAUCUUUGUCGAAAGCAGCCUUGUCAUCCUUGGCGUGUUAGCUUUAACGUGUUAGCUGCCACCGACGGAAGCCACGCGUGACGUCACUCUACGAACCCGUUAAAGCUAACACGCGAUAGAUGACAAGGCCGCCUUUGACAAAGAUAGGUCCAUCUAUCGUAACGUCGGCCAGCUUGUAUGAGGCACUUUACCCCUGUUCACCCAACUUUUAUCCCUUAUUUGUAGAGUGACACCGGGCCUGCGCCCAAAGUACAUAGUCAGUCGUUGUGUAAAAAGCUCUGCGCUGCCUGAUUUUUGCUAUUCAAAUGUCGCAGGUUGUUUGUUGUGUUGGCUUUACGAACGACCAUUCUAUCAGUUAUAGUCAGAUAUCCCGUUGUAUAAAAUACAUAUCGUAUAUAUACUUGAAGCCACUUGUUGUCCUGCAGAGCAAAGCAAUUCGUUUUUUGUCGAGCUCGAAUUAUACGGCCCCUCGUAAGGUUAUCUCUACUGCCUAAUAAUGACAUCUGCUAUUAAGCUACGCAACUUUAAUGAUGGUGAACAACUGUAAGGCUAAUAAUUAUUCACUUCACUAUUCAGCAUUUGUCUUUCCUGUUCAGAACACGAAUCUGCAAAUCCCGUGACUU